AUGGCUCCGCACCUUUCCGAUCCACCUUACCGGCCAUCGAUUAGAACCACAACUCAGCCCUUCACCGUUACGAAUGCCCUUCCGCGAGGUUUUGCAACCCUUUCUGGACUUCAUCGCACCACACAUCAGUCGUUUCGAUCAGAUUACUCCAAAGCAUUCACCUUCAAGCCUACCCUUGACCCCUUUCACUCUGAUUACUCUCGAUCCAUCAUGCAAAACUUCUCACAAGCUCAAAUCAACUUAGAUGACACCCCCAUUGGGCAGCGUCCUUACCCUAGCACUCGACGCGCAUUGGCUGCCGCUGCAGUUGAUCAUGUCUCAGAGACCACUGCCUCUGUUGGUGAUUGCAGCUCUUCGCUACCCCUUGCCGAUGUCAUAUUUGGUCCACCUGUGGCCCGAGACCCCAGCCCAGCGGCCAGUUCCGACAUUGAGAUUGUCUCAUUGAAUUUACCACCUCGUGUCCCUCUGUCCGACAAAAAACCUGGUAUGCAUUCUUUCUGCUUCCGUCCUUUAGGAAGUCACAUUCUAACAUUCAAGACUUUUGUCUGUGGUUUAGUUUUGCAACCAUCAGGAGCUCGUGUGACUACUCCUCAACCGCUCAGCGUGGCAUACACUAUGUGUUUGCUCAAAGGGACGGAUAUCACCAAGGGACCCGCUAAGAAGAAUGCGAAGCCAGUCUAUUCCACAAUUCCCAUCCCCGCCACCAAAAAACCUUUCGACCUAAACGAAACCUCUUUGGCCAAAGGUAACACAGCUAUUCUCCAAACCGCCGAUGCCAUGAAACAAGUCAAGAUCUAUGCGUUUAUUACUGCCCACGACACCUGGGCCAAAAACCAAGAACGUACCAUCACCGAAGAUAUCCAUGUCUCCUCUUUCUUUCAAUCGGUCCUUGGAGCUCUCGGAAAGCACGCCGGUUUCGUCAUUGUGAUGGACAACCCAGCACGAUGUGCUCAAGAGGCAAUUGAUGCUAACUUUGCCCGGUUCUUUUUGGUGCAGGAACUCACAAAGAAUCAAGCCCGACUCAGAGCACAGAACACCCUCAAUAAUGUUGUUACCACUGCCUCGGAUCUUGCUCAUGCAACUCCUGUUGAUCCUCAUUCGCGAUGGCUCACUGCGUUACAAGAUCAUCAUGGUUCAUUGAAGAAUAACAAGGCUGAAGGAUGGCGAAUUUUUAAUCCGAAGGACUUGACCUUGAAAAUGGAACUAACCUUCCAUCACUUGAUCCUGUGGGCUCGCGAAUUGGUCAAGGGUACCAGAGAUGUUACUAUUGAUGACCCGCCUAUGGAAUUGGAAGAGUUCUUCUGGAUUGAUGUCAAGCCGGUCAAGCGCCCUUCCCUCGCAACCCCUACUUCGGUGGCUAAGAAGAUUAAGGUUGAAGAGGCGAGUCGCCCCUCUGAGUUGGGCAGCUAUGCUGAAAUGCAAUCAUCUACGGUCAGCGUCGAUUUCAAAAACAUACGACGCAUCGAAAUCCAUUCAACUUUGCAACAAUACUUGACCUGGUGCGAGAUCGAUUACAACAAGAUCGACGAUUAUGUUCAGAUCUUCUUCAAGCAUUUGAUUACCAGCUUCCAUCGAUUUCUAUUUCCUUCUGUUUUGAGCGCAAAGACCAUCGCUAGUUGGGGUAUUCCAUACGGAGUUGUGAUGGAGUUAAUGACUCGACCUCGCGAGUACUACACUUUCCAAGUCAACAAGUUAGAAGAACUCAUGACUCUCCGAGCCAUGAGAGCUGCCUCUGCUGAAGCCCAUGGAGACAACAUCGACAAUUGA